AUGACUGAAGAAUCCAAUUCAAUCUUUUCAACUAUCAAAUAUUACAAAAAUAAGUUGAAGUUUCCCACUUUUCCAAAAUAAUCGAAUGAAAUACAAGAAAGUAAAGAAUAAAGGGAUUUAUUAUUUUGUAAUUCAAAGUAAAGAAAGGAAGAAAGUUAUCGUUACCUAAAGGAAUGGGCUGAUAAUAGAGGAGAAAUUUGUGAAAAAAAUAAAGCUUAGAUUGAACAAUUAUCAAAUUUUUGCGAAUACCAGAUUAAACAAUCAAGUGAAUAUCUUUCGAUUGUAUACAAAUUCUUUAAUGAAAAAUACUUUCAUGAAUAACAAUAUGGACAAUUCUUAUUAACAAAACCUUAACCAGCACUUAAAUAAAAUCAAUUAAGCCAAUAACUGUAUUCAGAAAUCAGUUAAGCCAUCUCAAUAUUUGAAGCGGUAAAUCUGAAAAGAUGUGAAAAAGUAUCUAACUUUUCUCAUGCCAUUUCAACUUUAAUAUUGAAAGCAGAAAUUCUCUCAGAUCUUCUAGAUUUGGAAAAGAGAUCGAAUUAACUAUUAAGUUGCAUAAAUGUUCAGAAAAAAUAAUUAUAAAAAUAGCAUUCACUAUCAAUUCAAAAGUUUAAAGCAAUAACAGAUUUAUUUCCUUAAAAAUAAUCUCAAAGAUAAAGAAAACCUAUUUUCGAUAAUCCAAUUUAAAAUGAAUAAUAAAAUUAAAAUAUAGAAUUAAAAUAAAAUUAAGAGAUUACACACUAAUGUGAAGAACCAUCUACAAUAAAAAUUAAUGAUAUAAGUGAAGUACUAGCAGAUGAUUAAAUAUAAAUUAAUCAUUUAUCAGAAUAAUCAAAAGAAAAUAUAUUUGAUAAAUCAUAAUUAAGUGUAUAGUAAUAAGGGAGUUCAUCUGAUGCUCCAUAAGAUUAAGAAUAAAAUAAUAAAAAAGUUUAAUAAAAAUAAUUUGAGCAAAGCUAAUAAAGAUCACAAUCUCAAACUCUUCCUUUCUCAAAAGCUUUAGUUGACAAUUAAGUGGUAAAAUAAUAGUCAACAAUUGAUACAUAUAAACUUAUGAUGAGCUAUAUGGCAACAUAAUCCUAUACAAUAAAGUUAAUUAAUUAAUUAAUUGAACAAGUUAAAUAAUACUGGAAGCAUGUAAAUAGUAUAAAAAUAAUGAUAGGUUUUAAUGAUGGAAUAAAAAAGAACAAAAUGGGCAUAGGAUUCUUGCUAAAUUUAUAAAGAUGGAAUCCUUGAUGUUUAUAAUGUUGAUGUAGAAUUACCCUAGUUUAAGUUAGAAUUAAAAGAAUAUUUCAAUUUAAUAAAUAUUUAUCCUGGUUCAAAUUCUUUUUAGAAUGAAAAAGAUUUAGAUGAAUUUUGUAAAUCUUUAAUGAUCAAAGAACUUGGAUGUUAGGCUGCAAGAUUACUUUUGAUUAAAGAAUUCAAAGUGAAUGUAAUUGAUAAAAAUAGUGAGUUACCAUCAAUUUUGGUACUUACUAUUGAUAAAUUUGUUGGGUGUUGGCUCAAAUAUGAUGAUUCUAUUGAUGGUAAUUCUCAAGAAAAUAUCCAUUAGCAAUUGACACUCCUAUUUUUCAUUAUCCAAUAAUUGAGAUAUCAAUUUAAAAAAUCGGCGAAUUAAUUUUAGAUAUUAUACCUUCUAAGAAUAUCUUAUUUAUGAAUGUAAUUAUAAUAUAUCUAAAAAUAAUUCUUAGAUUAAUAAUGGUAAACAAAAAAGUAAAAUAAAAUUUGCAUGCAUUGAUGACAUGGAAGAAUUUAUUACAAUAAUUAAAAAUUGA